AACAUUGCUGAACAGAGUUGAAGUGUUGCCGUGCAAAGAAACGCUGACUCGUAAAACAUUUUAUUGGUUUCCUUCUUUCCUUCUCGCAGUCCACCACUUUCUGUUGUUCUUGUUAUUGUUUUCUCUGCUGCUGCUAGCCUCAGAUCUGCCGCUGAGCCGCGGUAUCUGAUUGUUACUCUUCUUCGAAAGCUUUUCGUCAGAGAAUUUGGAAGCUGAUACACCGGAUUGGAGAUGCCGGUGGCUGCUUCCGCUAUAUACUUCUUGAACCUCCGCGGCGACGUUCUCAUCAAUCGCCUCUACCGAGACGAUGUUGGGGGAAAUAUGGUUGAUGCUUUUCGGACACAUAUAAUGCAAACAAAAGAACUUGGUACUUGUCCUGUGAGGCAGAUUGGUGGCUGCUCUUUCUUUUACACGAGGAUAAGCAAUGUUUACAUCGUGAUUGUUGUCAGCAGCAAUGCUAAUGUAGCUUGCGCUUUCAAGUUUGUUGUUGAGGCAGUUGCACUAUUUAAAUCAUAUUUUGGCGGUGCCUUUGAUGAAGAUGCAAUUCGCAAUAAUUUUGUACUUAUUUAUGAGCUCCUAGAUGAAAUCAUGGAUUUUGGUUAUCCUCAAAAUCUUUCUCCGGAAAUCUUAAAGCUUUAUAUUACUCAGGAAGGAGUGCGUUCCCCGUUUUCAUCCAAGCCUGUAGAUAGACCUGUUCCAAAUGCAACUUUACAAGUUACUGGUGCUGUUGGUUGGCGGAGAGAAGGCCUUGUAUACAAAAAGAACGAGGUCUUCUUGGAUAUUGUGGAGAGCGUGAAUCUUCUUAUGUCUUCAAAGGGUGUUGUUCUACGCUGUGAUGUUACGGGGAAGAUUCUUAUGAAGUGCUUUCUUUCUGGAAUGCCUGAUUUGAAGUUGGGUUUGAAUGACAAGAUUGGCCUAGAGAAAGAGUCAGAAAUUAAAUCUCGUCCUACUAAAAGUGGUAAAACUAUUGAGCUUGAUGAUGUAACUUUCCAUCAAUGUGUAAAUCUGACAAGGUUCAACUCAGAGAAGACAGUUAGUUUUGUGCCACCUGAUGGUGAAUUUGAACUAAUGAAGUAUCGUAUCACCGAGGGUGUUAAUCUUCCCUUCAAAGUAUUGCCCACCAUCAAGGAACUUGGUCGAACAAGGAUGGAAGUAAAUGUUAAGGUAAAGAGUGUCUUUGGUGCAAAGAUGUUUGCACUAGGGGUUGUUGUCAAAAUUCCUGUGCCGAAACAAACAGCAAAAACGAGUUUCACAGUCACAUCUGGUCGAGCAAAAUAUAAUGCAGCUAUUGAUUGUUUGGUUUGGAAACUAAGAAAAUUUCCUGGGCAAACUGAGCCGACAUUGAGUGCAGAAGUUGAACUUAUUUCCACGAUGACAGAAAAGAAAUCUGGAACUAGACCGCCAAUUCAGAUGGAGUUUCAGGUUCCCAUGUUCACGGCAUCUGGUUUACGUGUCCGUUUUCUAAAGGUAUGGGAAAAGAGUGGAUACAACACUGUUGAGUGGGUUCGGUAUAUUACAAAAGCAGGAUCGUACGAGGUAAGGUGCUAGCCGUCACAUGGGAAAACGUCAGAUUAAUGGAUGGAGAUGGAAGCAAAACCAAAUAGUUAAAUGCACUCUUCUAUGCAGUUACCAGUUAUAGCUGACUUUCUUCUUAGCAUCAUCGCAUAGAGUUCCGUCAAAUGUUUGUGGUUGU